UGUUAACUCAGCGACACUUGUAAACUGGUCAAGUAGUAAUUUAACAUAGUAAAUAAAAGGGUAUACUCUUUUUAAAGUACAGAGAGUAUGAAGUCUAACUUCGUGAAUUAAUUCCGACAAACUCACUUCUUUUGUAUUUUACUUGAAUGAACACGGUUCGAUCGAUCGUUUCUAGAGGUCGCAGAGGUUUGGACAGUAAUGAGGGUUACGGGCAUCUAGAUUUGGUUGAAAUUACGGACAGAUUAAUUGCAAUGUCGACACCAGCUGCUGGUACUCAUAGAAUCUACAGGAAUGACGAAAGGGUCGUUUUGCAAUACUUGCUCGAUAAGUAUUCAGAAAGGUGGACGAUAAUAAAUUUAUGUGCUGAAUCUAGUGUUUAUCACCACAAGUUAUUUUUCUCAAGAGUGGAAACUUAUGGGUUUGAGGAUCAUAAUCCACCUCCGUUUGCAUUGCUGCUUACGAUCAUCGAUAGAAUGGCUGUCUUAUUAACUCAGGACCCGCUAUCCAAGUUAGUAGUUCAUUGUAAAGCAGGAAAAGGCCGCACGGGAACGGUGCUUUGUAGUUACCUUGUAGCAUAUGCAGGGUAUACAGUCGUCCAAAGCAUUGACCUUUAUACGAAAAGACGCAUGAAAAGAGGAUAUGGUCUUACUAUUCCAUCCCAAAUCCGUUAUGUCCAUUAUAUUGAAGCUUGGCUGCAGCUUCGAAAUCAGCAGCCAGCAGCGAACGUUGGAGCAUUGCCACCAGUGCAAUCGUUUUUGCAAGAAUUUGAAAUAGAAUCCAAAAACAUUCCCAACCUCACUUUAGCUCUCUACACAUUUGAUUCGAACAAUAAGCGUCUGAAAUUUCCAUUAUGGACUUCUAGUAAAUGGGACCCAUGCACAAAUUCCAGCUGCGGAGUCCAAAGGUGGAAGUUAGUUUGUAACUGGUCUUCUCCAAUAACUGAGUAUAUGGUCAGUAUCUUUCCCAGCGGUUUUCACGUUUUUCCUCGUGAAGUCCAUUUUUGGUUUCAUACCCAACUUCAAUCCCUGUUGUCGGGAUCCAUUGAAGGUGGAAUUUCCUACUUAAAAAACUGGUAUCUAAACAAUCAUGAAGUUUUCAUAACCUGUGAAUUCCCGUGGAUUGAAAUGGAUGGUCACCAGUCAGUCAGCGUUCCUUAUUUUCACCUACUUUCGCUUCGUUACAGUUUUAUGAAAGAAAAUUGAAAAAACCGACUAAGUCACAUAGAACAAUUGUUUAUUGAAAAUUAUCAAAUCAGUAGUUGAUCAUUCUUACAUAUGAAAUUAUAUAAUGGAAUAUUGUAUAUGGUGGUAGGCACGACACUUUAGCGAUUACCUUGCAUCGU